AUGGCGAACGCGGGGCUGAAGCCGGUGGCCGGCCUCCUCCUGAUGCUCAACUUCUGCAUGUACCUCAUCGUCGCCGCGGUCGGCGGAUGGGCCAUCAACUUCGCCAUCAACAACGGCUUCUUCAUAGGUUCCGGGCUGGAGCUGCCGUCACACUUCUCUCCGAUCUACUUCCCGAUAGGGAACGCGGCGACCGGGUUCUUCGUCAUCUUCGCCGUGAUCGCCAGCGUGGUCGGUAUGGGGGCGGCGCUUGCCGGGUUCCACCAUGUCCGCGCGUGGAGCCACGAGAGCCUGCCGGCGGCAGCCUCCUCCGCGUUCAUCGCCUGGAUGCUCACGCUGCUUGCCAUGGGAUUGGCAGUUAAGGAGAUUGACCUGAACGGCAGGAAUGCUAGACUGAUAACCAUGGAGGCUUUCACCAUCAUACUGUCGGGGACGCAGCUCUUCUACAUACUCGCUAUACACGGAGGGAGGUGA